GCUCCUGGGAGGGACAGAGAUGGUCACACCUAGUGGGUGGCACAGACCAAUGGAGAGCCCCUCAGAAGCUUCCCACAUUGGGGGCAGCCCCUGGAAGGGGCUCCUGAUCACAGCCGCUGUCCUCAGCACCUGGAUCCAGUCAGAGUCUACUCAGUCAACUAAAAUGAGAGUGGAGCCCAGCCCACCCUAUGGCAUGGUGGGGGGCAGCAUCACCUUGUCCAUCCUGGGGCUCACAGCGGAACCUACAAGAUAUACUUGGUUCAGAAACACGGCAGAUGAGGCCAACACGAUUGUGACCUACAAUGUCCAGACAAGACAGCAGACACCAUCCCAUGGUCGAGAGACUGUGUUCCACAACGGCUCUCUGCUCAUCACCAACCUCACCCUCAGUGACAGCGAUAAAUACCUAGUAACGAUUUUUUCUGCCGUUCCGGAUGGUGGGACAAAUUAUCAGUUAUCUAUUCUAAGUUCACAUUUGCAAGUCUAUGAUUCGAAUUCCAGAGGAAAGGUCACGGCUGGCAUUGUGAUUGGAGUCCUGGCUGGGGCGGCUCUAAUUGGGGCCCUCAUCUAUGUCCUGUUCAUCAGAAAGAUUAGAGGAGCUUCACAAGGGAUGCUGGGAGAUCCAGGUCCAGAAGGGAACACUCAACUAGCUCAGAAACGCAGACAGGCUCCAGAAAGUAAUAUUUACUGGCCACAAGAGUCAACUCAUUCUCCACAGGGCCUGGGCUCCACACCCACCUCCUCAGCAGCAGCCCCUGAAAAUGUGUACCAGGCACUAGAUGUUAGCAAAGUGGCCAUUUAUGACAGCUUUGAUGCCAUGAGAAAGCCUCAAACCAAGGAAGGAGGGAGAAGUCCUUAGAGAUGAUGCUACAACCUGACUUUUUCCCUUGAUUAAGUUUCCAAGGAAAAGUUUAGUCUGAACAGUUCUUGUUCCUGCUGAACUAAAAGGGAGACAACUCUCAGGUCCCUUCCAGCUGAACAAUUCUAUAAUCCUAAAUGUCGAUCUGUAACCUUGAGGAAUCUCUGCUGGGUCCAGGAGGCUGAAGUAUUGGACCACUCACUAUUCCACCAAGGGCCCCUCUACUCUGGAUCCAGGUAGUUUGGACUAGGUUCAGCCCCGAGAGACCCUGGUCUUUAAUGAGAGAGGGAAGGUAGACUACUUUUUCUCACACUCUUUGGUUCUCAAGGAACCAAUUUAUUCAUAACUUAGGUUAUGACUUAUGUACAGGUUAUCCCCCAAAGAGUGAGAAGUAGAAAGGUACUCAGUUUCCAAGAUGACUCAAGUAUGGGAAGAGUCUU